CACCGAUGCGUAGGCACUAGGCAGGCAAAGCAUCUUCGCUGUUCACUUACACAUCGGCAGACGAGCUAACACAACAGAUUGUAGGUAAUCGACGCCUUCCCAGCAAAACAUCGUAACCCAAAGAGGUAUUUAAACAACGAAACGUUCCCAAGAAGUAACCACAACCAAGAACCUCAGCACCACAUUUAACCAUGGUAGAAAAAAUGGCUUCGUUUGGACACGCGCUGCUGCGUCGUCGUGUGCUGGACGGCUCCGGAGAGGAAACACGCUUUGCCCGUUGUUUGUCCACUCUGGAUCUCGUGGCAUUGGGUGUGGGCUCCACGCUUGGAGCCGGGGUGUACGUGCUGGCUGGGGAGGUUGCGAGAGAAAAGGCUGGUCCUGCCAUCGUCUUGUGUUUCCUUGUGGCCGCACUUUCGUCCAUGCUGGCUGGACUGUGCUAUGCAGAGUUUGGCGCACGAGUCCCUAAGACGGGGUCGGCAUACCUGUACAGCUACGUUACAGUGGGAGAGAUCUGGGCCUUCAUCACUGGUUGGAAUCUCAUCCUUUCGUAUGUUAUAGGUACGGCUAGCGUUGCACGAGCUUGGAGCUCCACUUUUGAUAAUUUGAUCGAGCAGAAGAUCUCAAGCUUUUUCAGGGCAUCCAUGGCCAUGAAGGUUCCUGGGAAGGUUCUCGCCGAGUAUCCUGACUUGUUUGCCCUCGUCCUCAUCCUGUUAUUAACUGGACUGCUUGCUUUUGGUGUGAGCGAGUCUGCGCUGGUGAACAAGAUCUUUACUGGGAUCAACCUGAUAGUUCUUGGUUUUGUCAUCAUCUCUGGUUUUGUCAAGGGCAAUACUGCAAACUGGAACCUCACAAAAGAGGACUUUGUUAAUGAUACCAACAUCACAGACCCAGAAAGCAUAGAAACCACAUUUGGAAAUGGAGGUUUCGCUCCAUUUGGCUUCAGUGGCAUCUUGUCUGGUGCUGCCACCUGUUUCUACGCCUUUGUGGGCUUCGAUUGCAUUGCUACAACAAGUGAGGAAGCCAAAAACCCAAUGCGUUCCAUCCCUGUGGGCAUUGUGGCCUCUCUGCUCAUUUGCUUUUUUGCUUAUUUUGGUGUAUCGGCCGCUCUCACAUUAAUGAUGCCCUACUAUAAGCUCAACACCCAGAGCCCCUUGCCCGAGGCCUUUAGUUAUGUGGGCUGGUCGCCGGCACGGUACAUCGUAGCAGUGGGUUCACUCUGUGCCCUUUCAACCAGUUUGUUGGGCUCCAUGUUCCCCAUGCCUCGUGUGAUCUACGCUAUGGCAGAGGACGGCCUGCUCUUUCGUUCUCUUUCCAAGAUGAACGAAAAAACCAAAACUCCACUGCGGGCGACUAUUGCAUCUGGAAUAGUGGCAGCUCUUAUGGCAUUUCUCUUUGACUUGGCUGCUUUGGUUGACCUCAUGUCCAUCGGGACAUUGCUGGCUUACUCUCUGGUGGCCGUGUGUGUUCUCAUCCUCAGAUAUCAGCCGGGCAUGCUGAACUCUUCCAGUCAGACUGAGAAACUGGUCGAACUGAUCGGUGGGGAGAAGGUGGCAGUAUGUGGAGACAGUGGGGAUGAAUAUGCCGUAGAACUGGAUGACAAACCCCGUAAAGAAAAAUUCUCCAUGAAACUCCUUCUGGUUCCUUCCAAGGACGUGCCGACCGAACUCUCUGGAACAAUCGUCUACAUCACAACUGCAGUUAUUUCUGUGCUGAUCACAGUGCUGUGCGUGGUCUUGGCCGUGCGUCUGGAGGGCAUCAUGAACGGAGAGAUUGUGUGGGUGAUCGCUUGUAUCAUUCUGGCAGUGCUGUGCUUCCUGUGCGUCAUCGUGAUCUGGAGACAGCCCGAGAGCAAAGAAGCUCUCACCUUCAAGGUGCCACUGUUGCCCUGGCUCCCUCUGUUCAGUAUCUUUGUCAACAUCUAUCUGAUGAUGCAGCUGGACAUAGCCACCUGGUGCCGUUUCGCCGUGUGGAUGGGAGUCGGUUUCGCCAUCUACUUCGGCUACGGCAUCCGAAACAGCACAGAAGCCGCAAACAGCCUCUCUCGAAAAUAUGAGCCGGCCCUUCAGAACAAAAGCCCUAUCUAUAUAGGCGUAGAAGAAAGCGAACUGGACGGAAUUUCUCCCUGAUAGCGACAGAUGUUACAAGUUUCUGAAAUCUGCGAAUUUCGUGUGAAAAGUUGGCCGUGUUUACUUAAUGUAGAGACCUUCCCCCUAUGAUUUCAACUCGAGUUUCAAUGUUCUUCUCGGAAGGACGCAUAAAAACAUGUUGCAGAUUCCGUUAGAGGUCAUCGUGCAGCCUCCAGUGCUGGUUUAUUGUAUUUGUGGCUGCUGCUAUAAUCAUUAGUACUGUAACGGCCAUUUUGUCUGGUAGACAAUGAGCUGACUGUGAACAGGGUAUUUACAGGACUGUGAAAUGUGAUUUCGUUUGUGCACUAGGGCCUUGCUUUGAUGUCCAAAAUGGUCUCCUUUCGUUCAUGUCGUGUCCUUGAGGUGAAGUGAGACUACGUCGCCCCCUAGUGUUCUGUUUGCAGAAUGCAAAGGGGGUUUUAAACAACACACUAUGGCAAUACCAAAAGACAGUAUUUGGGAUUCUUGGUUACUGUUUGGUGAAUUGAUUACAGCAUUGACAAAGUACUGGAAAUGUUUUUUUUAUCUAAUGUGGCUUAAAGCCAUUGGCUAAUGGAUGAAGAUUGAUGAUUUUACCCCGUGUGUGUGAGAGAGAGUGUACAGAAUAACUUUACAUGUGACAGUGUGACACAAUGCUGUUUAUUUGGAUAAUAGUAUUUGGCAUUAUGAUUUAUAAAUUAUAAGUAUUUUAGUAUAAGAAUGCUCCGUUUUAUAUUUUUAUUAUUUUUGGCAAAAUUAACAUAAACGUUUUUAUAUGGACAUGUGUAGUUUACCCAGUCACACAACGUAAACUUAAUGUUUGGUUUUUAGACAUCCUAUGUAAAAGUUACAUUGUUAACUAUAGUUUCUGCCAAAGUGCUAGUUACUGUGGUAUCUACCACAAUUGACUGAAGUAAAAUCGCCUAUUUUGCACUACAUUUAAAAAAUCUAUAUUUAUUUUUGAUUGUACAGUAGUAUCCAAUUACUGUAGUAAAAUAUAAUGGCAGAAAUUAUAGUUACCCGUGUAAUGUUUUGUGGGGCAGCCUGCUAUCAAAAUACCUGAUUUACAGGUCAAAGCUUUUAAGCAUAGACUUAAAGACUGAAGGUCUACAGAAACUGGCUUUGAAUGGCAUUUUUUAAUAUAUCUGACGGUGUAGAUGCUUGUUUACCAUGUUAUUUUUUAGUUUUCAUUGAAACUUGUUCUUGGCAGCUUUGCUGUUGAGCUCAUGUUAACUAUUUGUUCUUUAUUGUACAGUCAUUUUAAUGUAGUGGACUACUGGUUUACAGUUGCGAGACAGCAGAUGACUCCGGAACGGAUCCGCACCGGAUCCAUUCCGGACCUGCCGACUUUGGCCCAGAUCCGGUGCAGAGUCGUCUGCUGUCAAACUUCUCGUGCUCCUGUCAUAACAGUUAAGGCUUUUACUAUAAUUGUGUUAACCCUUCAGGAUGCUAAGAUUCGGAUCCUCGUAUCAACUAUUGUGGGUUGGUUGUUUUAAAAUGUUGAUUAUUGUAAUUGUAUAUGUAUUCAGAUAAUCAGAGAGCAAUAGGCCAGUGUAUUAUCUCAUGGGUUAUGCUGCAUUCUAACAGCAAAAUAGAUUCUUGAAGUUGUUUAAUACCACUAUAGUUUUUUCCCGUUUUUAAUAUAUUAACAUAUUGCUUAAUUAGAAGGAAAUGUUUUGUAUAGCUUUAAUAUUUUUAUGUUUUUACAAUGAAAUGAAUAGAUUUUGUUUACAUGUACCAAACAUGUAAAAGUUAGGCUGUAAAGAUGUUUAAAGACACUUGGUGUCUGUUCAAGAGGCAUUGUUCAGAAUAUGAUUCAGAGCAGUGCCUGAAGUUUAAAAUGUAUCUCAAAGAUGGUUGGUAGAUAUCAAUGUAUACCAAACCACAUACAUUUGAGAUACACAACACUCGUAGUGUUACAUAUCUGUUUGUUUUUCAGUAUAUAAAUAUAUAUUUUGUCUUUUGUAAACUGUAAAUAUUUAUGCCAUGUACAAAGAAAAUGUUUUUUUUUAAAUAAAGUGAUUCUCAGAAUAUG